AUGAAUGGCUUCACGGAUGCCGACUAUGUAAACUUCCGCUAUUUGGUUCACAGUAAUGUUGUACAGGCGAUCACUCAGUUGUUGACAGCUGCUGAACAAUUCAAGUAUUCGCCUGAUGAUAGUGAAAAGUUAGCGCAAGCCCUUGAUUUCUUUCGAGUCUACAAGGAGCAGGUGAGACCGUCGGAGGUCGAGCUCAGCUUAGAGCUGUCACGUGCGAUUUCUAUAAUCUACAACUCGCAAUUUAUAAAGAGCACCCUGUUACGGAAAGACGAGAUCGAGUUACUCGACUCGGCAGAAUAG